GCGGCCAAGGGAAAGGCUGCGGGGCCCGGCACUCCACCGAAACCGAUGACUCCUGCAUCGAAACCACUUAAGCUGAUUGGUGGCACUCCACAGACAGGGGCGGGACAAGCCUCUACCCAAGAAGUAAAGCUCCCAGAGGCUCUCAAUAAACCCUCACUGGAUGUCACGACUAGGACAAGAAAAGGCGUUAAGAACACCACCGACAGCUUGGACGUAGAGGAUUCGCAGAAACGGCAAGCUUCCCUGGUGGUCGAGCAGGUUAUCAAAGGCACAAGCCCGAAAGCGCAAAGCUUGGAGGCAGUACCUCAGGACCCGUAG